GGUGGAACCCGGUCCAUGCUGAAAACCAACUUUGAAAAGGAGGAACUCGAAGGUCACAGGACACUCUACAUCGGGGUACAUGUCCCCCUGGGAAGGAAGAGCCAUCGGAGGCAUCGGCAUCAUGGACAUAGACACAGGAAGAGGAGCAGGGAGCGGGACUCUGGAGUGGAGGACGGAAGAGAGUCUCCCACAUACAACACGCCAUCCCAGAGAGUGCAGUUCCUCCUGGGCACAGAGGAUGACGAUGAGGAGCACAUCCCCCAUGACCUCUUCACUGAGCUGGACGAGAUCUGCCUGAAAGACGGAGAGGAAGCAGAGUGGAGGGAAACCGCCAGGUGGCUGAAGUUUGAGGAGGAUGUGGAGGAUGGAGGGGAGCGCUGGAGUAAGCCCUACGUGGCCACGCUGUCCCUGCACAGCCUGUUCGAGCUGCGCAGCUGCAUCCUCAAUGGCGUCGUGCUGCUUGACAUGAGGGCCAACUCCGUGGAGGAGGUAGCAGACAUGGUGUUGGACCAGCAGGAGACCACAGGUCCACUGGGGGAAGAGGUGAGGAGGAAGGUGAGAGAGGCCCUCCUCAAAACGCACCAUCACCAGAACCAGAAGAAGUUGGCCAACCGCAUCCCCAUUGUCCGCUCCUUCGCUGACAUUGGCAAGAAGCAGUCCGAGCCCCACUCCAUGGACAAGAACGGUCAGGCGAUUUCUCCCCAGACCUCUCUGCCCGUCCCCAAUGAUGGCAAAGCUGAAGUGAGCAGAGAGAACAGCGCUGUGGACUUCAGUAAGAUAGACCUCCAUUUCAUGAAGAAGAUUCCGCCGGGAGCGGAAGCGUCCAACGUGUUGGUGGGCGAGGCGGAGUUCCUAGACAAGCCUGUGGUGGCGUUUGUACGCCUCUCACCUGCGGUCAUGCUCAACGGGCUGGCUGAGGUCCCCAUCGUUACCAGGUUCUUGUUCAUUCUGCUGGGGCCUCUUGGGAAAGGGCCACAGUACCAUGAGAUUGGCCGGUCCAUUGCAACUCUCAUGACAGACGAGGUUUUCCAUGAUGUCGCCUACAAAGCGAAGGACCGCAAUGAUCUGAUUGCUGGAAUCGAUGAGUUCCUUGACCAAGUGACUGUCCUGCCACCGGGGGAGUGGGAUCCCUCUAUAAGAAUAGAGCCACCAAAAAACGUACCGUCUCAAGAGAAGAGGAGGAGUGCAGCACAGUGCGGCACAGACCCAGGGGAUGAAGAGGAGGAGGACGAGGGACAUGGGGGUCCGGAGCUGCAGCGGACAGGACGAUUCUGUGGUGGUCUCCUGUUGGACAUCAAACGCAAGGCGCCACACUACCUGUCUGACUACACAGACGCUGUCAGCCUGCAGUGCUUGGCCUCCUUUCUCUUCCUGUACUGUGCAUGCAUGUCGCCUGUCAUCACGUUCGGGGGCCUACUAGGAGAGGCAACAGAAGGACGCAUAAGUGCAAUCGAAUCGCUUUUUGGCGCCUCAAUGACGGGAAUAGCCUAUUCCCUGUUUGCUGGCCAGCCACUCACCAUUUUGGGCAGUACAGGGCCUGUACUGGUGUUUGAGAAGAUAUUGUACAAAUUCUGCAAGGAGUAUGGAUUAUCCUACCUCUCACUGAGAACCUGUAUAGGGCUGUGGACAGCGUUCCUCUGCCUGGUCCUAGUGGCCACAGACGCCAGCUCCCUGGUCUGUUACAUCACACGCUUCACAGAGGAGGCCUUCGCCUCGCUCAUCUGCAUCAUCUUCAUCUACGAGGCCUUGGAGAAGCUCAUCCACCUGGGGGAACACUACCCCAUCAACAUGAACAACAACCUGGACAAACUCACACAGUACUCGUGUUCAUGUGUUGAACCUCCGGAUCCAAGCAAUGCCACCGUACGGUACUGGGAGCAGAACAACAUCACUGCUUCUGAGGUGUACUGGGAGGCACUCGAGGUUAAGGACUGCAUGGAGAAAAGAGGAGAGUUUGUGGGCAGUGCCUGUGGCCCUCACGGACCCUAUAUUCCAGAUGUUCUCUUCUGGUCCGUGGUUCUCUUCUUCUCCACUGUCUUCAUGUCAGCUUUCCUCAAAGAGUUCAAGUUCAGCCGUUACUUCCCCACCAAGUUGAGAGCUGUCAUCAGUGACUUUGCUGUGUUCAUCACCAUCUUUACCAUGGUACUGGUGGACUACGCCUUAGGGGUCCCAUCUCCAAAACUAAAAGUCCCCAGUGUGUUCAAGCCGACUAGAGAUGACCGUGGUUGGUUGAUCAGCCCGUUAGGCGGCAACCCUUGGUGGACCACCAUCGUAACAGUGAUCCCUGCUCUGCUCUGCACCAUCCUCAUCUUCAUGGACCAACAGAUCACCGCUGUCAUCAUCAACAGGAAGGAGCACAAACUAAAGAAAGGCUGUGGGUACCAUUUGGACUUGUUUGUGGUGGGUGUCAUGCUGGGGGUAUGUUCCAUCAUGGGUUUGCCCUGGUUCGUGGCUGCCACCGUUCUCUCCAUCUCCCACGUCAACAGUCUGAAGCUGGAGUCGGAGUGCUCGGCCCCCGGGGAACAACCCAAGUUCCUGGGCAUCCGCGAGCAGCGCUUCACUGGCCUCAUGAUCUUCCUACUCAUGGGCUGCUCGGUGUUCAUGACCUCUGUGCUCAAGUACAUUCCCAUGCCUGUGUUGUAUGGAGUAUUCCUGUACAUGGGAGCAUCUUCGCUCAGAGGAAUACAGUUAUUUGACCGUCUGAAGCUGUUUGGCAUGCCAGCCAAGCACCAGCCUGACUUCAUCUACCUGAGACACGUUCCCCUGAGGAAGGUCCAUCUCUUCACCAUCAUCCAACUCAGCUGCCUGGUCAUGCUCUGGGUCAUCAAGACCUCCAAUUAUGCCAUCGUCUUCCCCAUGAUGGUGUUGGCUCUGGUGUUCAUUAGGAAACUGAUGGAUUGCUUCUUCACCAAGAGAGAGAUGAGCUGGCUGGAUGAUCUAAUGCCAGAGAGUAAGAAGAAGAAACUGGAGGAUGCUGAAGAAGAGGAGGAGCAAAGUAUUUUGGGAGAGGAAGAUGGAGUAGUGCAAGUGCCGUUAGAAGGAUAUCAAAAGAGUGAAUCCGCACUCAACAUCACUGAUGAAAUGUCCAAAGGCUCUUUUGGAAACACGUGGAAUGUCAACUCUGACAACUCUAAAAAAGAGCUAGACUCAAAAAGAUGCUGA